AUGUCAUCCAAGCGAUCAAAACCCGGAAGAGCUACCAAAAAAUCCCAUUCAAUUCAAGAAUUAUCUGAUUCAAGUGAUCAAGAUCCAACAACAAACUCAAGUAUCAAACAGAACGCUCUAACAUCAAAUUCAACUGCUUCACAUUCAGGAUCAUCAGAUUCAGAUUCACCUCGAGCACAUAAAAAAGCUAAAAAAAUCACAAAACGAGGUGUUAACUUUGGUAUAUCAGAUGAUGAAUCAGAUAUCGAUUUUGAAGAAGAUCCUACACGAGCAGCUCAAAAGAAAUCGCUUGCUGAACACGCCAAGAGGAGAUUAAGUGGAAAAUUUGGAGCUCGUCGUAGUGUUAAUGGUCUUAAUCGAUCGGUCUCUAUCAAUAAUAAUCUAGACCACGCGGCAACACCUCAAAAAUCCCUUAACAAUUCUGUUAAUCGCGCUUCGCCAAGCGUAGAGUCAAACGGUCCUACGGGCGGUGGUGCCCGGGUUGGAGCUUUAGCGCGCGUGAGAGAAAACCAAGCUCGGAACGCGAACAGGGGUAGUGGUGGACUUCAAGGUAUCGGUGGUGAAAACAGACUGGUAAUCAGUACAGAAGUGAUGAAUAACAAUUAUGAUGAAUGGAUGAAGAUGGCCACAGACAACAAAAUCAACGUCAACAAUACAUGGUCUUUUGCCCUCAUUGACUACUUUCACGAUAUGUCUCUUUUACGCAAUCCAGAAGCUCAAGGAGGUAUCAAUUUUCAAAAAGCCUCUUGUACACUAGAUGGCUGUGUCAAGAUCUGGACUUCUCGGGUAGACAGUGUGGCCACCGAGACCGGAAAGCUUCUUUCGGGUCUGGCCGAGGAAGCUAAUAACCUGGCUAAUAAUAUCGAUGGCAAUUCAACCGAUGAAGAGAUGGGCGAAGAUACCGCGACAAAGGUCAAAAAGCCACGAACUCGAACUGCAAAUGCAAAUUCGACAUCUUUAGUCGACUUUAAUGACAAGAUCAAGGUCAAAGAUCUUGAACUUGAAUUCACUGUCGAUCCAUUGUUCAAGAAGACUUGUGCAGAUUUCGAUGAGGGCGGCCCUGGUGGUAUUCUUAUGAGUCAUCUAGCGAUCGAUAGUACCAUGACCAUCGUCUUCGAUGCCAGCGGCAAAUCGUUGACCGAUCUUCCUGACGAUGACAAAGACGAUGCAGUCCAGGAAGAAGACGAGCAGCCCAUGAUUGAUGUCUCCAAACUCAAAUAUCUAGCGGCUCUUGCAGAGACAGCUGAAGAACCACCACCGAAUGAUCAGCCUGGAGGUGGGGGAGGUGGAGAUUUUUUCGAUUCGGGUUAUGAUCCCAAUUCCGCAGAUAUGGAUUUCGCCAUGGGUGAUGGGGUUGGAGAUGAUGAUGAUGAUGAAGGAGGUGUUGGGAUGAUGUCAACAUUUAAUGCGAAUAAGAUGCCUAAUGAAAGGGAUAUGUUGAUGGCAUUGGUAGAUGAUCCAACAUCGACAAGUCGGAUAGGACAAAGCACUAUGGCUAAUGAAAGUAGUGGUAUGUUUGAUUAUUUUGACAAGAGCCUCAAGAAGAUGUGGGCAGGUCCUGAGCACUGGAAACUAAGACGGACAGUCUCUAAAGCACGUGAUGAAGAAGGACAAUCAACAAUGACCCGAACAAAACGAGAGAAAACCGCAUUUUCAUUCGAUUUCACCCAACCUCUGACUACUCCUCGUAAAACAAUCUUUCAAACAAGUACAGUUCCAUUAACUCUACCAGGAUAUAAGCCACCUAAACCGAAAUCGCAUCAAAAGAUUAUCAAAAAAAUCAGUGGUAGUAAGAGUCUUGCAGGAAGUAAACAGAUGAUGGAACAACAUUGUCUUCCGGAUGAUAUGCAUUUUAAUGCUUCACAACUUUUACGAUUUGAUAUGAAACCUAAAGCAACGUUUACUAUGAGAGUCAAAUCUGGAGCGAACCAACAAAAUUCAUCAAAUACUGAGAUUGAUGAAAAUUAUUGGGCACAAACGGCAGCCGCAGCAGCAGCUCAAAGUACACUAGCAGAUCAAACCGAAGAAGGAACGAAUGAAGACAUACCAUUCGCCACUCAAUUCUUUCAAGAUGAAGGAGACGAUACGCCGGAUUUUGAAGAAGAAUUUGAUAAUCCAGUUGGAGCCUUACCUACUACACCAUCAAUAGAAACUACAAUAGAAGUGAAAGAAGUAGAAGAAGAAGAUUUGAUUGCUGCUACUCAAAACUUGAAUACAAGAGUUAGACCUGAGUUUAUUAGUUAUGCUAAGAAAGCUAAACGGGUGGAUGUUAAGAAGUUGAAAGAGAAUAUAUGGAGAGAGUUGGAGGAGUUGACUAAUGAAUUAGAAGCCCAGAAAUUAGAUGAUCAACCGGAAAGUGAAAGAAACCCAACCGAACCUCCAAAUUCAUCUAACACGGAAAAAUCUAAAACGUUUACAAAAGUGAUUGGUGGAUUACAAAAACUUUAUCCCAAAGAAAAGAUGGAAGAGAUUUCCACUUCGUUUUGUUUUAUUUGUUUAUUACAUCUAGCAAAUGAAAAAGGUUUAAGUAUUCAAUCUAAACAAAGUUCAUUAAAAGAUAAAGAUAAGAGAUCGAAUGAUGAUGAUGAUGAUGAUGAUGAUGGUCUAGAAGUUAGAAAGUUUGUGGGUGGACUAACUGAAUUGAAAGUUAUUAGAGAAGAAUAA